CUCUCCUCCUCUCUUUUCACUAUCAUAGUAAACCUGAGUCCUCGCAGUCCGCCGCCAUGUAGACGCACAGAGUGGCACAUCUCCAAUACGCAGUGUGUGCAUCUCCUGUCCUGGCUGCUAGAUCUGCUGUCGUCUGUGAAAUCCACGGCUGGUGCCUCACACAGGAGUGCGCUGCUGCGGACGCGACUGCGGAUUUCCACGCGCAGAAUUUAGACGCGCAGGAUUUUUGGACAUUUUUCUAUUUAGUUGCUUUUGUUCAGACUUAAAGGAGUGCAGGCUCACCUUCUUGCACAGGCUUCAUGUGUGAUGUGAGUAGUUGGAAAUCCUGCAGAGGGGAGCAUGACAGCAUGACAAUGGUGCGCGGCUGACAGCAGGAUGCGUCUGCUUUGCUUUUUGAGUAUGGGUUUUUUUGCCGGUGAGAACUCCAGCGGCUUAUUUGACAGAUUUUGACGUGAAUCUUUCCACUCCUUCUUCUAUGUCUGUGAAGGCAAACCUCUGGUACCUGCUCCACUUCGCUCUCCUCUCACCUUUCUCUCUCCAUCCGCCGCAGCGCGCACAUCCACAGCAUCCACAUUAAUGGGAUCAUCCACAUCGGACACUGACUGAGUCCCACACACCCCGACCCACGCAUCCUGCUGUGCUUUCGUGGAUGUUCUUGCUCUCCUCUGGUGCAUCUGUAUUUGUUGUCGUAUCCUCCAGUGAAGAUGCCGGUGAACGCGCUGCCCCGCGGAGGCAGCAGCGGCGUCGGCGUCGGGGGCCCGGGGUCCCUGAGCCCCGCGUCACUGUCCCGGAGCCUGUCCCGGCUGAGGGAGUACCGUACCCGGACGAGGAUCAUGCUGGCCCUGGGGGUCUCUCAGAUGGUCCUGGGGAGUCUCAUCCUGGCUGUGAGCUUCGCGGCUCUGGCUCUCACCACAUCACCCAGGGUCCGCCACUCCUGUCCCUUCUGGGCAGGCUUCUCAGUGCUGCUGUCUGGGCUGAUCGGCGUCGUGUCGUGGAAAAGGCCGCUCUCUCUUGUGAUUACAUUCUUCAUGCUGCUGUCGGCUGUAUGUGUGAUGCUCAACUUGGCAGGUUCCAUCCUCUCCUGCCAGAACGCCCAACUGGUCAACUCACUGGAUGACUGUCAGCUGCUUAAGUUUGACAGCGAUGGAGUGUGCGUUUGCUGCGAACUACAGCAGCAAAGCUCGAGCUGCAACAACCUGGGAGAGACGCUGAAACUGAAUCCACUGAGGGACUGCAAUACUAUACGCCUCCGUCUGAAGGAGCUGCUGUUCAGUGUGUGUGCCCUCAACGUCAUCUCCACCAUUGUGUGUGCUCUCGCCACUGCUAUGUGCUGUAUGCAGAUGGUCUCCACCGAUGUGCUGCAAAUGUUCAUGCCACACAGAGCACGAGCCCUCAACGCUGACUGUAUGACCCCCCAUGGAACCAUCCUCCACCAAACACUGGACUUUGAUGAGUUUAUUCCUCCCAUUCCCCCACCUCCAUACUACCCUCCAGAGUACACCUGCACCCCCUCCAUGGACGGCCAGAGAGGCCUGCACCUAGAUUUUCCUCAUUCUCCCUUCAGUGCCAUCUAUGGGGUGCCUAUUAACAGCCCCGGGACCCUGUACCCAACUGACCUGCCCCCUCCGUAUGAGUCCGUAGUGGGCCAGACCCCAGCCAGCCAGGUCACCACCAGCAUUGAGCAGCAGGCCACUGAGUCCAGUAUGUGUGACAGAAACACCACCGCAGGACUCAGUACCCAAGCCUCAGUGGACAGUGCAUCCUUGAUGGUGUCAGAAGUGGCUGACCCGGACCACACUUGCUCUUCAGAAGACCUGUGCUCCCUGGAGGUCCAGGGCUCAGACUCAUCUCCCUACGGUACUCUCCACACCGCCCCCACUGACGGAAGCUGCACCAGCCUCGAACUGUGCACACGUCACUCCUCACGUUGUCACCGUGGUUUGGCAGGAACUGACGCCCGCCCCAGUGACACGGGUUACAGCGAGUCCUCACACACCCAGGAGUCUCUGGAACGCUCCCCAGACUGGUCCUCUGAAAAUUUCAGCAACCUGGACCAGGAGGAUUCUACAGAGAACACUCAUGCAUGUGAGGAACUCAGGGCUUCAAUGCAUAUAUGUGAUGAGCUUGCGUCUGCCAAAAACUUGCCAGAGGAGCCGCCUAAAGCAUCAACACACUCCCUCAUUAAAGCACGAAUGAUGAGCCGGAAGCUCACUCUUCCUGUCACUAUUUCCCCACCACCUCAGCCUUGCUCCCCCACCUCUGUGGCCUCCUCUGGUGGAACUUCAGCCAUCAGCCCUUUGGCUCCCUCUCCUUCCCCGUCCCCUCCCGCCAGGCCACGAGGCCCUAGGCUGUGUUUCAGUGUUUGGUCCCCCUCCGCUGCAUCACAACCCCCCUCUACCUCAGCUCAAAGUGGCUGCUCGCCUUCAGAGAGGCCUCGGGUGCUUCGUGCAGCCAGGAGGUACCGCAAGCUGGCACGGAUCGUCCGCUCCACCAGUGACCCCAUAUCCUGCUCUACUUCAUCAGGAAGGGAAAAUAGUGGCAGUCCCUCUGCAAAUAACCCUGCUGCUGAAGAUUCAACUCACACAUCACCAGAGCAAGAAUCAGCAGACAUUUCAACAGAAGUAGUUGGAGCCAAACCCAGUCACAUAUGUGUUAGGAAACAACAAAAGGAGGGCAGAAAAGUGGACAUCCACCUGAAGGGCCGAACCCCACACACUCACUCCUCCCAAGAACGUCCACACUCUCUGGCUGACCUUAAGAUGUACAAAGACACCAAAAUAUUGGUGGCCAAGUUCCUGGAGCAUUCGAGCUGCAGUCUACCUCCUGAAGUCCAGCAGGUUGUCAACAACAUCAAGUGUGUCAUCAAGUCAGAUGAGAAACACAUGGAGGAGGCCAUUUUUAGUGCCAAUGUCAUAGAUCAGGUGAUGACACAGCGAAUCAUAGGCAGUCCUAGGAAACGUGAAAACGAGGACCUUCACCUCCAGAGCUGCGGUGCUUUAAGCUCAUCCCCGUCCCCUUCCAUGCGCCGUCCCAAACACCUUCCACAAACAACCAGCACCUCUACCAACCAACUGGACUCCCCCGCCUCUGAACAAAGCCUUGUGUGCAGAGAAACUAUUCUCUGACCUCUCUCCCAUCAAGGACCCGGGUCAGACCUCUGAGGUCAUUUUGGGGUGCAGGUGUUGCAGCCACUCUGUGUAAUGCAGAGGAUGUCUGUACAGCUACUAGAACUGGCCAGGCACUGUAAGAUAAUAUGCACAGUUUGACUGCAGCACAAACAGUCUGAAAUGGUUUCAAACUGUAUCUCCUAGUGCCCUGUGAGACCGUGCCAAGUCAUCAGCAGAAAUGGUAGCAAACUCAGACUGAGCCUGCCAGUGUCUGUAGUGGCUUCUUUCUCAUCAGAAAAACAAAGGAAUGUUUCUCCCUCAGGGGAUCUUUUCUACUGAAUUUCAUCUCUUAAGAAGAAACAAAUACACAUCUGGUAAGUUGGAAUCUGUGAGUGCAAGACAAUGGAGAUUAUGUUACAAGUAUUCCUCUUGUCCUCAUAAAAUGCAAGGAGAAAUAUGUUUGUAUUAAACUGUGAACUGAUCUGACUGGGCAUUGUUAGCCAUUGUUUGCAGAAUUUGUUGAACUGUUACUGAUAGGGUGGUGAAUAUUUUGUGGUGCCACUGGUUCAAGAACAUCACAGACGUGGAUUAUUUAACUUACCUCAUUGUGUUAUAAUUCUUAUCAGUGUUACAAUAAAAUAUGGAUUUCUA